AUGGAAACGUCUGGACGCCGUCAAGCUUCAACCACCGCUUCCGAAGUUACUCCAGCUUGUUGGUGUGGUUGCUACUCCUGUUGGACUAUUGUCUUCAUCCUUGUCCCUCUUUACUAUAUAGUUCUUGACAACCUGCAGAGAGAAGGAUGUUACGUGGAGCUCUUUGCUCACUCCGUCUCUGUCUCAAACUCAAGCACAAACGCAAACGUUUCAACCGCUGAUUGGAGAAUCCGUUUGGUUGCCAAGAGUCCACUCACCGGAUGUCAUAUCUCUCUCCAUACAAUCCAAUCGCGUCUCCUUCGUGGCGGCCAAGUUAUCUCCGAGGUGUCUCCGCCGUUGUAUGGUCUCGAGCAACUUGUUACGUACGAAAAAACUGAUGAGUCGUCUACGACUCUCGAUUUCAAAACGGUUGUGACGCCGGGAGUUAUCGGCAGCGUGGUAUGGGAUUAUCGGGUGGAGACCGUCGCCGGACUGAAGCUAGACACUGGACAUGGUUUCUUGACGGUGUUUUGCGGGGAUAUUCCGGUGAUAUUCACGGCGGAUCCGGCAGGAAAUAUGGUUGGAUCAUUGCUCGGAAGUAUGCGACGAUGUGACUAUUUAAUCCGGGAUAACUUGAAUCUUCCCGAUCAUGCAUAA